CCACCUGGUACCAACAUGUCCAUUAGAGCCAAAUCCCAUACAGACCUACAGACAGUUGGCAAGUCCUCGACGGAGGACGGCUUUCAGAAAUCUCUCUCCAUGAGCAGCAGUGGCGUUAGCAGAGGCGGGCACUUUGGGUACGGGGUGACAGAAGAGGUCAAAGUUCUCCCCAGGGGACCCAGGAGGCCGAUUCGGGCGGUGAGGCCGGUCAGCGCCGUCGGCUCCGGCGGAUCCUUCCUACAGAUUAAUCACCUGCAGGGGGAACUGGUUCGGAAGAGGAAGGAAUGCGAGGACCUGCGGAGGGAAAACAAGUUCCUGUCCAACGAGAUCCACAUGGAGCGGAUCGUGAUGCGCACGGAGAGCGAGCUGACGAUGAGGAACCUCCGCAACAUGAACCAGGAACUGCAGAUACAAGUGAAGGAGCUGAAGCAGAAGUUGCAUCACAGCCAGCAGAGGGCGACAUUUUGCUCCCGAGCGGCAGAGGAGGCGCAGGAGUCCCGGGGCGAGGCCGAGAGGAGCAGGGCCUCCGCCGAGGCUCGGGCCCUGCGGUGUCAGCGCGACAAGGAGACGGCCGAGGCGGACCAGAGGCGGCAGAGCGAAGAGCUCCAGCUGUUCAAGAAGCAGCUCGCCGAUCUGCAGCUCACACUGGCGCAAACAGAGAAGAACUACUUUGAGGCCAAGCUGAAGCUGGAGCGGCUUUCUGGGGAGAACCAGAGUCUGCUGCAGGAGAACAAGAGCCAGGGGGCAGAGAAGGAUGAGCUGCGACUCAAGCUGAGGCAAAUCACACAGGAGAACGUCCAGAUUAAAGAAAGCGAGAUGAGUUUGAGGCGUAAAGCGACGGCGGCGGAAGAGGAGAGGCAAAGAGCCAGCCAGGCUCAGCGAGAGGCCGAGGACGAGAGGCGUCAGGCCAACAGAGAGAGGCAGGAGAAAACGGCCGAGUGCCUCAGCUGGAGGGAGAAGCACCACGAGUUAACUAACAUCCUCCAAGCUCACGAGGACCUGAAAGCUCAGAGGCGGAGCAAAGCUUGUCAGGCUAACAUCAAGAGCUACUUCCUGUGUAUGACGGAGAGCAAUCAGCGGGUAAAAAUCCUGAAAAAUCCAGAUGGAACGCCAAGAAAUUUCACAGAAGGAGAUCCUGUAUAUAUCAGCACACCGGACGACGGAUCUGAAGAGCCUGAGAGAAGUUCAUCCAGGACCAUGCUGAGAGUCUCAGCCCCACACACGGGGAGGGACCCAGGCCCCAGUCACUUCGACGAACUGCCCGCCUUCGACGGGGAGCGCCCCGGCUCGGCUCCCUCACGCCGGGGCAGGAAGGUGGUGGAGUACUUCUGGAUCCCUACGGACCAGGAAUGAAGAGCGGCUCCAUUCCAGGGGAAUCAUCCGUGUUACAGCCCAACCCCGUGAGCGGCUUCACUAUGGAGAGCCUUUUCAUUCAGAAGUAAAUGAAAACCGUUAGUAAAUAGUUCAUUAAAUACAUGUCUUAUUUUUGAAGCUUAUUGAACAUUGUAAAUUAAAGUAAAAUGACAGUAGUAUAACAAAUAAGUGGGUAGAGGUAUAAACUUACUAAAGCCCAUUUCUUCUCCAGCAGAAUCAUUAUGAUCUCUUCAUAUUCACAAAUACAUGUUCAUUCUACGUUCUCUGUAUUUUACUUCUCUUUAAACCUGUAAAGAUAAGCAGUUAAAAACAGUGACAAGUGCUGGUGCUCAUGUACUGGACUUUAUUGACAUUAUAGCAACAGAGGUGCACAAUAAUUAUGAAUACCGUACAGUAAGAUUCAUAUUCAUUACCCUACACAUAGCUUAUCAGCAUAAUCUGGGUACGUUUUGUUUUUUAACAGUUAAGUUGUUUACAUGUUUUCCACCCACCAAGAGACACAUUUACGCUGAGAUUUCAAAUAAGCCACUCCCCCUCCCCUCCCCAACAAUCUGCGACAAAACUGCAUUAUGGGUAGGUUUCUACCAGGUUACUAAGCUGCAGAAAUGAUGUUUCCUUCUUUGAAUAUCAAUACUUGUAAUCCCAUGUGAAGAAGCCUUCUUGGAAAUGUUUACAGUGUGCAAUCAGGCCAGGACUGAAUGAAAUGCUCAACCUUUUUUUGUUUUUGACUCAUUAUUUAAUUUCAUCAUGAGAACAAAAAGCCCAUCUAUAACUAAGAGGUAGAAACACAGGCAGAGUUGGAAACGGUUCAGCGCCACAACAGUGAUCACAUUUUUUCCCAACUGUUGUAACAUCUUGAAGAGGAGUAUUGCAACCAAUCAGACACAAUACAUAGGAGAAAACAGGGCCCCCUCCUGGUCAUGCAGAAGAUUUACGCUCUAAUAAAACUAAUGGGGUUUUUUUAACACCAAAAAAUGUUUUCUGCUUCGUAUUCUCUUUGUUGGGCCGUUUUUUGUUUUUUUUUUAAAUUAUGAGAAUCACCAAAUCCUUACUGCCGUUUCUUAGGAUCGCACCUGAAUGUAAUGAUCAUCAUCAACACUGUUUCAUAGAUGUAUUUAAAUAUCUGUUAAAUUGUUUUCUCUCUUUUUUUGCCUGAAGGAAAAUAAGUUGGAAAAGUUUUGAAUUAAGAAAAAAAAAAAAACAUGCAAAGUGAAAAACUAAAAGCAAAAACAAGGAAA